AUGCCGAGGAGGAGGAGCCACCGAGGGUCCUCCGGUGCUGGCGGCCGGGGGCGGACCUGCUCUCGCACCGUCCGAGCGGAGCUUUCGUUUUCGGUGAGCCAGGUGGAGCGCGGUCUACGGGAGGGCCACUACGCUCAGCGCCUGAGUCGCACGGCGCCGGUCUACCUCGCUGCGGUUAUUGAGUACCUGACGGCCAAGGUCCUGGAGCUGGCGGGCAACAACGGAGAGAGGAACAUCACUCCCCUGCUGCUGGACAUGGUGGUUCACAACAACAGGCUGCUGAGCACCCUUUUCGACACAACCACCAUCUCUCAAGUGGCCCCCGGCGGGGACUAGCUUCUGACACCCGGCCCCUGGGACCUGGCAGGUCCACUCGUCCACCCACCCGGCCCCAAACUCCCCGGCCCCAAAUCCCCCGGCCUUAAACACCCUCCCCCCCCCCCCAACAACC